CUCUGCCCGAAAUGGAAGUAAGCAUGCCCUCUGCAGGGUCCAAAUGGCGGUUGGUGGACGAUCGCCAGUGUGGACCUUCCACCCUAACCCUGCUCUCCACCUUUCUGCCCAGACAGUGGGCUUCCUUCAUUUACAGAUUUAGAAGUCCUUAGGUGUGAGGAGACAGUCAAGUAAUAAUUAUUGUCACUCAUGUAAGCGCUAUGCUGGUGGACCUGAAAGAUCUCAUUUAAUAUUUGCAAAAACUCUGCAAAUUGGGGUUUGAGAGGGAGGGAGGCCUUCCCCAGAGGCCUCCUGUACUAAUCCCAGAACCCCUGAAUACUUGAUCUAGGUGGGCAAAGGGGCUCUGCAGGUGUAAGGGUGGUGGGAUGGGGGCGGCGUGCCCUGGGUUGGUUCUGUGGCCCAGUCUAGCCCAUGUCUUCUAAAAAAUGGAGAACUUUCCCCAGCUGUGCCAGAGAGAUAAAUGAUGCUGAUUUCAAAGAUAGAGGAAGGUGACCUCUAGAAACCUGAAGAUUCUCCCUGGAGCUGCCAAAGAAACCCGUUCCUUUUGGACGCCUCCCGAAACUGUGAGAUGAUAAAUCUGUUGCUUUAAGCUAGUAAGUUUGGGGUAACUUGUUUAUGGCAGUAAUGAAAAAGUAACAGCUGAGUUCCUGAGUUAGUCUUGUGUUAAGGCAAAGAUACUUUCACUUUUCACUUUCAUGCAUUGGAGAAGGAAAUGGCAACCCACUCCAGUGUUCUUGCCUGGAGAAUCCCAGGGACAGGGGAGCCUGGUGGGCUGCUGUCUAUGGGGUCGCACAGAGUCGGACACGACUGAAGUGAUUUAACAGUAGCAAGGCGAAGAUACAGGCUGAGAGAGGCCGCAGGGCAAUUAGCAGAGGAGGGAAAACCCAGGUCAGUUGGGUUCCAUAUUGCUACCUGCUCUGAAGGGCAAAGCACGUGCCGUGGCCCCUUUAAGAUCGGGGCGGGGCGGGGCCCAUGGUUGCCUGGACACCGUCCGGGUCUGGACGCCGUGCUGCCUCCGUCCCGGCAGGAUCCUCUCUGGGUCUCCACCGAGAUAAAACUCCCCAAAUCCUUGAAACGCACAGCUUUCAACUGAAGGAGUCAUUGGAUACUUAUCUAAAUAAAGUGAACUUUAGGUCUUCUAAAGGCCAUGGUGAAAGAAAAGAAAAAAGCAGAUAAAAAGGGGGACAAGUCUGUCCGUUCUCCCUCGUCUCCCUCAGAUUAUCCCGAGUUUGCCAAACAAGAUGGCAACGCCCCUAGGCAAGACGUGUCGCCGAGUGCCGCGCCAGCACUGGACGUGCAGCCCAAGGACCCGGGAGUCAAGAGAGAGGUCAAAAGCGACAGUCUGCCAAAUGAAGAUACCACCCAGUACGAAGAGCCCGUUCUGACCAAACUCAUAGUAGAAAGCUAUGAAGGGGAAAAGGUCCGUGGACUGUAUGAGGGAGAAGGGUUUGCCAUCUUCCAAGGAGGCUGUACCUACCAGGGCAUGUUCUCCGAAGGACUCAUGCACGGACAGGGGACUUACAUCUGGGCUGAUGGAUUGAAAUACGAGGGCGACUUUGUGAAGAACAUCCCCAUGAACCACGGCAUCUUCACGUGGCCAGAUGGCAGCACCUAUGAAGGAGAAGUGGUCGGCGGCAUGAGGCACGGAUUCGGCAUGUUCAAGUGCAGCACGCAGCCCGUGUCCUACAUCGGCCACUGGUGCCACGGCAAGAGACACGGAAAGGGCUCCAUUUAUUAUAAUCAAGAGGGCACCUCUUGGUAUGAAGGAGAUUGGAUACACAACAUCAGAAAGGGCUGGGGGAUAAGAUGUUACAAGUCCGGGAACAUAUACGAGGGUCAGUGGGAGAACAACGUGCGCCACGGGGAAGGUAGGAUGAGGUGGCUGACGACUAACGAGGAGUACACUGGUCAGUGGAAGCACGGGGUCCAGAACGGCCUUGGCACACACACAUGGUUUCUAAAGAGAAUCCCCUACUCCCAGUAUCCUUUGAGAAAUGAAUACGUAGGAGAGUUUGUGAACGGACACCGCCAUGGCCACGGAAAGUUCUACUAUGCCAGUGGAGCCAUGUAUGAGGGAGAGUGGGUCUCCAAUAAAAAACAUGGCAUGGGCCGAUUAACCUUCAAGAACGGGCGUGUGUAUGAUGGCCCGUUUUCCGAGGAUCACAUAGCGGCGUUUCCGAAUCUGGAAGGGGAAGUGAUGAGCUACCCGGACUCGACUUCAGAGAGUGCCUUCAGCUGCCAGUGGUGCAAGCCCUCCACCAGCGCCGAAAUCAUGAGAAAGCUUGAUGGCAAUAAAAGUAAUUCCCUGUUAGGCUCGAGCCUCGAGCUGGAUCUCAGUUUAUUGCUGAAAAUGUACCCUGAGAGAGACCAGUCAGAAGAAAAGAAGCAGGUAGAAUACACUAUCUUAAGAAACAUUACGGAAUUAAGAAGAAUCUAUAACUUUUACAGCAGCCUGGGCUGUGACCGCUCCCUGGAUAACACCUUUCUGAUGACAAAACUUCACUUCUGGAGGUUUCUCAAAGACUGCAAGUUCCAUCACCAUAACAUAACCCUUGCUGAUAUGGACAGGGUGCUUGGUGCCAAUAACGACAUACCAGUGGAAGAAAUUCACUCUCCAUUUACAACAUUACUUUUGAGGACAUUUUUGAAUUACCUCCUGCAGCUGGCUUACCACAUUCAUCACAAAGAAUACCAAGACCGAAGCCCGUCGCUCUUUCUGUGCUUUAAAAAACUGAUGAAUGAGAACAUCCGCCCCAAUGCGUGCCGUGUAAAAGGCCAUUUAUUCUGUGAGGCCCAGCGGACCCUCUAUUCGAUGACUUACGUGGACAAGUGCUGGGAGAUCUACACGGCGCACUGCAGACGGAACGCGGCCCCUCCGCACGAGCUUACCAUGAGCAUGAGACACUUCCUCUGGAUGUUGAGGAGCUUUAAGAUGAUAAAUAAAGAAUUGACAGCAACCAAGUUUGUGGAGGUCAUAGCAGAGGAUAAUCCUUCCAUGUAUGAUGGAAUCGACAGUAACUUUGAACUUGAGCUGGUUUUCCUGGAAUUCUUUGAAGCUCUAUUAAGCUUCGCCCUCAUCUGUGUUCCUGAGCCACCAACUAAAUUCUGUUCAGAUUUCCCAAAUGAUGACCUGUCUGUUAACAAAGCUGGAAGCACUUACCCAGUGACAGCUCAGAACACCCAGAACAGGAGUCCAAGCGCAGUAGCAAGCCAGGAGUCCGACAUUCAGUUCAGCAGCACCAAGUCAUCUUCGAGCAAGUUGGGAGUCCUGGUCGACAUCAGCAAGAUAAGGAAGUCAGAGCCUAAAAUCAAGAAAUCUGUAAGUGACGGAAAAACUUCCAAAGUGAAUUUUAAAUCUGCAGGAAAAGGGCUGACCUUCCUUUUAUCUCAAAGUGCCUUUCUUGCAGGGAAAAAAGAAAAAUACAAGGAUGAACAAAAGGAAAAAUUCAACACAUGGAUCAGUAAUAUGUACGUCUUUUUUGUGAACACUCUCUUCCAAGCACAUAAACAUGAAGAAACCCUCAAGGAGAAAGUAAAGGAAAACAGGCUGCAUAAUGAAGCAAUAGCCCUUCAGAGGAAGAUGGAAAACGAGGAGCUGGAAGCCAGGCUGAACAGCUUGAGAGAGGAAGAGGCCAAAAGACAAGACUACGAGGUGGACAUCACCGUGAUCAAGGAACCGGUGGACGCCCCCUCCUCGAGUUUCACACUGAGCCCCCCGAAAGAGGACACAGUGGUGUCCAGCAAGUCCAUCACCAGCAAGAAAAAGAAAAAGUAGACGUCACUCUGUUUGUAAACGAGCCGCAAGAACAGGCAGGUGUGAAAGGAGAAAACCCUGUCUGAGUGUUUCUUGAAGACCGGGGUUUGGGCCCACUGGGUUUAGGGUUUCUAUGUGGUUGGAUCACCGAAAUGCCUGUUUUGACAGCUGAGCUGAAUGAAAUACACACAUGGGGGUAUUGAAUGAGCGUGUAUUCGUUGUUUCUUUUUUUCUGAAUUAAAUAUAGCACUGGUGAUUAAAC